AGAUUUAGCCACUCUGUAAAUCACUGCUUAGGGUUGGGAGCAUGGAGGAUUCUGGAGAAACCUUCAGCACAAGCAGUUGUUCAAGCCCAAGGAGACUGGCGAGCACUGUCACAGGGUCACUGACUGGCUGGGGCCGCCCUGCAGCCAAUGCAUGGACGAGCAACAUUCCCCAGCUCAUGAAUGAAAGCAUCAUCCUGGCGAAAGAGGGGCAUCCCACUGAAGAGCGUUCAGGCUGUCUUCAUGAGGGACAGCUCUGGAGCCCAGAGAGACACAAGGUGCAGAGGAUGCUGAAUCUGGCCUAGCUCUAAACCCAGCAAGCUGUCAGAGGUGCAGAGCAGUUUCUGGGGAAGCAGGGUCAGCACUUAUGCAAAGACUCUGCCACACAAUGCUCUAGAAAACACCGGGACCAUGAAGGGCUUGGGAGAUAACAGAAGCCGCCACCUCUCCGAUAACCUGGACUCCCCUCAGGACUCUCUUUAUGCCCCCCAGGACAGGAACCCUUAUCUCCUCAGCCCCACUGACUCCUACACCAUGGACCCCCGGUUCCCAGCCCAGAAUACCCUCCAUGGCGACUGCCUGCUUCCACUCAACAACCAGAUCUCCAACAGCAGCACUUUCCCCCGUAUCCAUUACAACUCUCACUUUGAGGUCCCAGAUGAGAACCCUUUUCCAAGCCAUGCCCAAGCCACUAAGAUUAACCGCCUGCCUGCAAACCUCCUUGACCAGUUUGAGAAGCAGCUGCCCAUCCACAGAGAUGGCUUCAGCACCCUCCAGUUUCAGAGGAGCGAUGCAAAGCACCGGAGUGAGAGCCCAGGGCGGAUUCGACACCUUGUCCACUCUGUCCAGAAGCUAUUUGCCAAAUCUCAGUCUCUGGAGGGCCCCACCAAAGGCAAUGUGAAUGGAAAAAAAGGGGCUGAUGACCCCAAGCAGAACCGGAGGAGCAAGAGCAAAGACCGGGCAAAGACCUCUGAGCCCAAGCGCAGAACAAGAUCCAACAUAUCAGGCUGGUGGAGUUCAGAUGACAACUUAGACAGUGAUACCUGCAGUUACCGCAACCCGAUGGGCCUCAUGACACUGGGCCGGCAGCCAGACCACAGCCAGCCAAAGUACUUCAUGCAUGCUUAUAACACCAUCAGUGAGCACAUGCUGAAAUCCUCCAAGAGCAAUAACGACCUCAAGAUCACCCCUUGCACCAAUAUCCCCAUCAACAAUGAGUCCAACUACAUUAAGAGGGGUUCCUGGUCUACACUGACACUCAGCCAUGCCCGGGAAAUGUGCCAGAAGGCCUCAGCCACGAUUGACAAAGCCUUGCUGAAAUCCAAGUCCUGCCAUCAAGACUUGGCCUACCACUACCUGCAGGAUGUGUCAGCGUGCCCAGUAAGCCCUGCUCUGCACAGCUUCCCAGGAGUGCUGGUGCCUCAGGGGGAGUGGAACAACACGCUGUCUCGGGACAAAGACAGCGAGAUCCCAUGCCGGCGCAUGCGGAGCGGGAGUUACAUCAAAGCCAUGGGGGAUGACGAUAGUGAAGACUCAGAAACCAGCCCCAAACCAUCCCCGAAAACUGCAGCUCGGAGGCAGAGUUACCUCAAGGCCACCCAACAGUCCCUGAGUGAGCAGAGCACCACCCAAAGGAGCCUGGACCGCCUGGACUCUGUCGAGAUCCUUCUACCUCCAAAGUUCUCAACCUGGGAGGAAGAAUACAACCAGAUCUCUGACAGUGUCAACGAAUCCAGUUGCAUCAGCCAGAUCUUUGGACCCCCCUCACUUAUCCCUCAAAUAUUUACCCAUGGAGAGCAGGCAAGAGAGCCAGAGCUGGGGGAGCAGUACAAGGCAGUCUGCGACUCUACCUACAGUGAGGCCGAAUCGGCUGCCGUGGAGGUGCUGGACCUGCCACUGCCCAGCUACUUCCGAUCCCGGAGCCACAGCUACCCCCCCCGCUCGACCCCCCCGCCACCGGCAGGCAGCCUCAGCGGCAGCAGGACCCUGCCCAGCAACAGCAGUUCAUCAUGCCUAGUGGCAUAUAAAAAGACUCCACCUCCUGUUCCACCUCGGACCACAUCAAAGCCGUUCAUCUCUGUCACUGUGCAGAGCAGCACUGAAUCGGCUCAGGACAACUACCUGGACAGCCAGGACCACAAGAGCGAGGUGACCAGCCAGUCAGGACUGAGCAAUUCUUCAGACAGCUUGGACAGCACCAGGACACCCAGCGUGACGAGAGGCAGUGUUGUGACUCCAGCUAGAGAGACUCCAGAGUUAUCCCAGAAAAAUGCAACUUUGAAAAGUGACAAAGGGACUCUGACUAGUGAAGAGCCUAAAGUGGAGAACAUUCCCAAAAGAAAGCUGUCAUCCAUAGGAAUACAAGUUGACUGCCUUCAGCCAGUGCCAAAAGAGGAGCCUCCUCCACCAGCCACCAAAUUCCAGUCCAUCGGGGUACAGGUAGAGGACGAGUGGCGAAACAGCCACUCUCGCAGCAUGUCCUCCAAACAGGACACAGACUCUGACACACAAGAACCUAAUAACUCUAGCUGUAAAUCAUCUGAGAGAAGCCUUGCUGAGUGCCCCCAACACAACAACUCUGUUAGUGUUGAUGCGAGUAUCAGGCAACCAGCCAAGCCCUCACAGAUUAAGAGAAACCUCUCCUAUGGAGAUAACAGCGACCCAGCCCUGGAGCCUUCCUCUCUUCCGCCUCCUGACCCUUGGCUUGAGACUUCUUCCACCUCACCAUCAGAACCCACGCAGCCAGGAGCCUGCCGGCGAGAUGGGCAUUGGUUUCUGAAGCUGCUGCAAGCAGAAACAGAGCGGUUGGAAGGAUGGUGCCGUCAGAUGGACCAGGAGACCAAAGAGAACAAUCUCUCUGAGGAAGUCUUAGGAAAAGUCCUCAGUGCAGUGGGCAGCGCACAGUUACUAAUGUCACAGAAGUUCCAGCAAUUCCAUGGCCUCUGUGAACAAAACUUGAACCCUAAUGCCAAUCCCAGACCCACACCCCAAGACCUAGCUGGGUUUUGGGAUCUCCUGCAGUUGUCCAUUGAAGACAUCAGCAUGAAAUUCGAUGAGCUGUACCACCUGAAAGCUAACAGCUGGCAGUUAACAGAGACACCGGAGAGAAAGGAAGAGAAGAAACCACCCCCUCCAGUGCCAAAGAAGCCAGCCAAGUCCAAAACCCAACUGAACCGGGACAAAGCCUCUGAUUCAGACAAGCAACGCCAGGAAGCUCGCAAGCGUCUCAUGGCAGCCAAGCGGGCUGCCUCUGUCCGGCAGAACUCGGCCACGGAGAGUGCAGACAGCAUUGAGAUCUAUGUCCCCGAGGCACAGACCCGCCUUUGAGCAGAGGGGCAGAGGAAGGAACCGCGUGCUUUUUAUAAGUCAUUAAAAAGGAAAAAAGGUUCUCUCUAAACUAGUGUGAUUUAUUCAGUCUAGAGACAAUGAGCCAUCCUUGAAAAGGGCUCCUGAGUUGGCUUUUUUCUCUCAGCUUUAAGUAAUGAAGAUUUUAAAAACAAACAAACAAAAAAAAACUAAAAAGAAAAUUCCCCUCUUGUUUUCUCUCACUGGCUGUGAUGUUGCUGAAUGGACUGAACAGACUCCUGGAAACUCCAGCCCCUCAACUUGGAACUUCAGUCUUUUUACUUGUUCUAUCUAAUGAGAAUUAUUAGCUUGUUUACAAGAAGAAGACAACAAAACAUGAAGCCCUGAGCACUUGCCAUGCUGUGUUCUUCUUCCUCCUCACUUCUGUUCUUCCUUCUCAUCCUUUAAUUUUUCUUCCUUCUGCUCCCUUUCUCCCCCCUUUUGCAUGGCUUCGUUUACUGUGUUAGAAAUAACCUCUCUUCCACAGAGCUCCCGAAGAGAACACCUAUUCAGUGUGUACUACUGUUGCACUCUGCUAGCAAGCAGCCUUUCUUGAUUUUUUUUUUUCCUCCUUUUGACAGGGUGGGGGGAGGAUGGGUGGGCAGGGACAGGUUAGUGGGUUUGUGUUCCACUGUUUUAUUGAAGUGAGAAGAGGACAGGAUCUGUAGAAUGUAAUGCAGAGGUGUUGAAAUGCAGCCCAGAAACAAACGUGCAAUAAGCUGGCAAAAGGGAGAAGGGGCAGUGUUUGGUCAGCUGAUCCCAAGAAGAAAAAAGUACCCUACUCCCAGCACAGGAGGGGAGCUGGAAGGACCACAGAGAAAGUAUGGGCAUGAUCUGUGCACACUUUUAUUUUUCUCCCCUUCCCUUAAUUAUUUUCCUUGAAUUGCUUGUUGAGAAAGAAGCUGCUACACUGGGGGACCUAUUUCAAAGUGGGCUGGGGGAAGGGGAGGGAUGGGGAGUGUAAUGGUAUUACAGGGUGGGAGGACUGGGUUUUGUACAAAGAGGAAGGUAAGGGUGGCUGAUGGUAGGCUGCCUGCCUGUAUGUAUGUGUACAUAUGCACAUAUACACUUAGUACCUGUACAUUUAAUUCAUACACACAUAUACAUGCCCAUACACAGCGCAAAUGGUGUAUUAAAGCACCUUGGUGAGAAUGGGCGUAUGUAUAGCAUAUAUUUUUACAUGUACGAUAUCUAGAUGUGUGUAAAAGUGUGUGUAAAAAUAUAUACCCUGUGUGUAAUCAGAUGACUAUUUUUUUUCCCUUAUCUCCCUGCUCUUUGGGUAGAAGAAGGAUUGCUAAAUAUUUUUUAGCCCAUUUUCCCCUUUAUAGGCCUCCUUUCCAGUCUGGUUUCUUGAAGCCAGAACUGUUGCCGCUGAAUUCUUUGCCGCCCCCUCAAAAUAAGUAUUUGGCCCCAUGCUGAGUGAUCUCACUGGGAAUUUUUGUUGUUGUUUGUUUGCUUGAACAAGUUGGGAGAUCUUGUGCUGCCCUCCUGGGAGUGGGGAAGGAAUCCCAAAGAAGUUUCAACCAGGGUAUUGGUAAUCCAGAAGGUGCAAAAAAAAAAAAAAAAAAGAAAAAAAA